AUGGGCUGUGGACGCAGCUUCUGGUUCAUGCAAUUAGUCUUCGUCUCUAUACUGCUCGUUCCCACCCUCAGCAGCAGCAGUGGCAGUGACAGAGAAGCCCUUGCGAUCGGCAUCGGCGUCGGCGGUGGCGCUGCACCUUCGACACCUCAGCCCGAGUGUCCUCCUCCUCCUCCUCGACGGCAGCAGCAGCCGAGCGACUUCGAGAACAUCCUGCAGCACCGCGCGUACUUCGUCAUCCAGCGCUUCAAGCAGACCAUCACCUGCGACCCCAAGAACAAGACCAGCUCCUGGAUGGGGUUCCACAUCUGCAACAACGACGGCCGCGGCUACCAAGGCUUCUACUGCGAGACCCCGCCGGGGCUUAACAACAUGCGCACCAUCGCCUCCGUCAACUUCAACGGCUUCACCCUCUCCGCCCCUACCGUCUGCGGCUUCGUCGACCAGCUUCCCGACCUUGCGCUCUUCCACGCCAACUCCAACAGCUUCGGCGGCACCGUUCCCGCCCUCGCCAACCUUCCCUUCUUCUACGAGCUCGACCUUAGCAACAACUGCCUCUCCGGCGGCUUCCCCGCCAGCGUGCUCCCACUCGUCGACCUCGCCUUCCUCGACCUCCGCUACAACGGCUACGCCGGCCCCGUCCCAUCCGUCGUCUUCCUCAUCCGCACACGGGUUCAUCCAGAACAUCCCGCCCAGCCUCGAUAG